UUCUCUCUUGGUGAUGGUGAAAUGGCUCUGAUCGUCCUCCUCUCCUUCUGUCUGAUUCUAGAAGUUCAUCCUCAAACUCUGAAAACAUGCGGUGUAGAUCAGUUCCAAUGUAAGAACUCCGGGCGCUGCAUCAUCAUCCGCUGGAAGUGUGACGGAGACGAUGACUGUGGAGACUCAUCUGAUGAGGAGGAGUGUGACUUGCUUCCAGCCCCAACACCGCCAUCCACAACAACAGAGAAAUCUACUGCAGCAGGUUCCUCUACACACUUCAUCACCACAGCAGAGUCGACAAAGACAUCUGCUGCAGUGUCCACACUUCACAAUGAGACCCUAUUGGCCUCCACAAGUUGUGAGUUUCUGACUCCUUCUCUGCUGAAAUGAACUGCCCCACCAUUCAGAACCUGGACC